UCCAACAAGUGUGAUGGAAGACGUGCACCAGAGAAUGCCGGGCCAUGUUGAUCACCUCUACCACCACCAUCACCAGCAGCAGUAAAGCUCAGGAAGAAUGCCCUUAGAGGGCAUGGUCUACACUCAUGUGAAUCCUUGCUUUCCCCAUCCACUUGCAUCAAUGCCAGGUCUCAAACACAUGUCCAACUUGCACCACCCACACACUCUUCCAAAUAGGGAGGCAGCAAAGAAAGUUCCACACCCCUCCUUCCCAUGAAUCUUCUUCCACCAUAAUUUUAAGUUGACCCACACCAACGCCACACCCAUUCCAUGAGAUCUAUCAUAUGCUACCUAUCUAAUAAUUUAGUGUGUGUUUCAAUCACUCUUCUAUGUCUUCUUUCCCAAUAUCUUCCCUUUCCUCUUAAGCCUUCGUUCAUAUUUCUGGUAUAACUUCUAGCUCAGACAAACUAUGGAGACUAGCAGCUUGGAGGAUGGUUGCAGCGAAGCCGAGAAGCAGUCUCCUCCGCAGUGGCCACAGCCGCCACCAGCUCCCGUGGGCUUACAGCGACUCGGUAGUGGCACAAGCGUCGUCCUCGAUCUGGAGGUCGGCGUCGAGGCUGAAUCACGGAAGCUGCCGUCGUCCCGGUACAAAGGCGUCGUGCCGCAGCCCAACGGCCGGUGGGGGGCGCAGAUCUACGAGAAGCACCAGCGAGUCUGGCUAGGCACCUUCAACGAGGAAGACGAGGCCGCGCGGGCCUACGACGUAGCCGUACAGCGGUUCCGCGGGCGUGACGCGAUCACCAACUUCAAGCCGCUCGUUGAGGUCGACGUCAACGAUGCGGCGGAGGAGCUCUCGUUCUUGAACUCGCAUUCCAAGGCCGAGAUCGUCGACAUGAUCCGGAAACACACCUACCAGGACGAGCUGCACCAAAGCAGCCGAUCCGCCCGCGCCGACAGGAGGCAUAAUCCUCCCCAUGGAGCGACCGAGGAGUGGCGUAGUGGGCCGCAUAGGGAGCAUCUCUUCGACAAGGCCGUGACUCCCAGCGACGUCGGAAAGCUGAACAGGCUGGUGAUACCGAAGCAGCACGCCGAGAAGCAUUUCCCGCUGCAGCAGGCCGGCGCUGCCGCCUUCAAGGGGGUGUUGUUGAGCUUCGAGGACGCCUGCGGGAAGUUGUGGCGGUUUCGGUACUCUUACUGGAGCAGUAGCCAGAGUUACGUGCUAACCAAGGGCUGGAGCCGGUUUGUGAAGGAGAAAGGGCUCCGAGCCGGCGACGUAAUCACCAUCCAGCGAUCGACCGCCCCCGAGAAGCUGCUCUUCAUCGAUCGGAAGACACGAGCUCUCGGCAGACACGCCGCUGCAGGGGUUCAGGCGCCGAGACUCCCCGUUCAGGUUGUGAGGCUCUUCGGGGUGGACAUUGUUAAGAUUCCGGUGGCGGUCGCCAGUGAUGUGACGGAGGGUAAUGGCGUUGACUGGAACGGGAAGAGGAUGAGGGAUAUGGAGUUGAUAUCAUCAAGGGAGCUGUUGAGGAAACAAUGCAUAUAAGGUUUAUAGUGUUGGCGUUUUUGUUUCAGACGAUUGAUGGAUCAUCUGUUCCCCAAUCUCUCAAUCUUUCAUGUACAUGUUCGAGUGUUAAUAAUCGUUGAGAUAUGGAGAGAAGUUGAAUGUUUUAGCAAAACGAUUGGAACAUUAGCUGCAAAGGGAAACAUAUCUGUUGCUUCUUUAAUUGUUCGACUUA